UCUGCAGAAUUCUUCGAAAUGCUGGAAAAAAUGCAGGCACCAAAACUUGAAGAACAGAGAACUGGAAGCCAAAAACAUAAGGAAGACUACAUCCCGUACCCCAGUAUCGAUGAGAUCCUCGAGAAGGGCAGCCCGUACCCGCUGAUCAUCCUGCCCCAGUUCGGGGGCUACUGGAUCGAAGACCCUGAAAACCUCGGCACGCCCACCUCGUCCGACAGCAGCAUCUGCGAGGAGGAGGAGGAGAACCUCAGCCCCAGCACCUAUGGCUACAAGCUGGAGUGCAAAGGAGAGGCCAGAGCCUACAGAAAGCAUUUCCUGGGGAAGGAUCAUUUGAAUUUUUAUUGCACAGCCAGCAGCCUUGGAAAUCUGAUCCUUUCUAUUAAGUGUGAGGAGGCAGAUGGCACUGAAUAUUUAAGGAUUAUACUCAGGUCCAAAGUGAAGACGUUGCAUGAAAGGAUCCCCCUGGCAGGGUUCAGCAAGCUCCCUAGUAUCCCCCAGAUUGCAAAGGCCUUCUGCGACGAUGCCUCCGGGCUGAAGUUUAACCCAGUUCUGUACCCUAAGGCAUCCCAGAUGAUAGUGUCUUACGAUGAGCAUGAGGUCAACAACACGUUCAAGUUCGGUGUGAUCUAUCAGAAGUUCAGGCAGACCCAAGAGGAGGAGCUGUUCGGCAAUAAUGAAGAGAGCACUGCCUUCAAGAACUUCUUAAGUUUUCUGGGAGACACCAUAACACUCCAGGACUUCAAAGGUUUUCGAGGAGGUCUGGAUGUCAGCCACGGGCAGACGGGAGCAGAGUCUGUGUACACGGUGUUCAGGGAGAGGGAGAUAAUGUUUCACGUCUCUACGAAGCUGCCUUAUACCGAAGGAGACACACAACAACUCCAGAGGAAGAGGCACAUUGGCAAUGACAUCGUAGCGAUUAUCUUCCAAGAAGAGAACACGCCGUUUGUCCCAGACAUGAUCGCCUCCAACUUCUUGCACGCCUACAUCGUGGUGCAGGUGGAGAACGCCGAGGCAGAUAACACGGCGUACAAGGUGUCGGUCACGGCCCGGGAAGACGUCCCCUCCUUCGGCCCGCCCCUGCCGAGCCCACCAGUAUUCCAGAAGAGCCCCGAGUUCCGGGAGGACCGGACACGGGCCGCCUUGUUGGACAACCUUCACGACGAGCUCCAUGGGCACACGCAGACCAUGCUGGGGCUGGGGCCAGAGGAGGACAAGCUGGAGAACGGGGGUCACGGAGGCUUUCUGGAGUCUUUCAAGGGUGUCCCGGGGCAGGCGGUGAGUUCCGUGGUCCGGGCUGCGCUGCGUUUGCCCGGCCACCUCGGGACCGCGCUGCUGGGCUGCACCCUGGCCUACGUCCUCCACCGCGCGCUGUCAGAGUGA